AUGCCAUCUACACUUCAACGUAGUGUGCUUGUCACUGGUGGGACCAUUGGUUUGGGAUACCAAUGUGCACUAGCCAUAGCGCGCAGCUGCCCAACCUUCCAAAUCAUCAUCGCCUCUCGCACUGACAACGGCGCCGCUGAAACCAUCAACAAGCUCCUCAACCAAGACAAUACCCGCUUCAUGAGUCUAGAUCUGUCCAGUCUCGCCAAUAUCCGCUCUUUUGCCACAACCUGGAAAGCAGCCAAUCUCCCUCCCAUCUACUCACUUGUCCUCAACGCCGCUCUCCAAUUUCCAGGUGCAGCCGAAUACACCAAGGACGGGUUCGAGAAGACCUUCGGCAUCAACCACGUUGGACACGCUCUGUUCUUCUCCCUACUCCGCCCUCAUCUUGCUGACACCGCGCGAGUCGUCAUCACUGGAAGUGGAACGCAUGACCCAGCCAUGAAAUCCGGCAUGCCAGACGCGAUUUACACCACGGCGGAGGAUCUCGCACAUCCGCCAGCCAAGUAUACCAACUCCAACGGCCGACAGCACUACACGAAUACCAAGCUGGCCAAUGUGCUGUACAUGUUUGCGCUGGAUCGCCGCUUUGCAGCGAUCAAUGAAAAGUCCGGGAGGCACUGGACCGCCACGGUGAUGGAUCCCGGUCUGAUGCCUGGGACUGGACUUGCGCGGGAAGGAAAUGGAAUUGAGAGGUUUCUGUGGAAACGAGUCCUGCCGCAUAUCAUACCGCUGUUGCGUCUUCUUUUAUCGGAUAAUGUUCAUACGACUCGGGAGUCUGGGGAGGCGUUGGCACGGUUGGCUGUUGGGAAGGAUGUGGAGGGGGUCAGCGGACGGUAUUUUGAGGGGCUGAGAGAGAUUCCUUCUAGUAAGGACAGUCUUGAUGAGGCCAAGCAGGAGGACCUUUGGAGGUGGACCAUUGAUACUGUAGCUCGUGAUGAAGAAAAGGCGGCGUUUUCUUUUGAAGGUUUACUUCAAUGA